AUGUCUUUUUCUCCUAAUAUAGGUAGUUUUGACCUUGAAUCUGUACUUAAUGUUGGUCGUCGAAGAUUAUCAUCAAUUAGCGAAACAAGUUUACCUUAUCAACAAUAUCGAUAUACAGAUACAAUUUACUUAAAACGUGAAAGUGAUUCUAACUCUUUAUUUUCAAUUACUUCUAAAAUACUUAUUUUCGGUGAAUUACAAUUUUUAUGCAAUAUAUUUGAACGUUAUAAAUCAACUAUAACUGUUUAUGAGAAUUCAAGUGAAUCAGAUCUGAAUAAAACAUAUUCAUUAGUCACUUCUCAAGGAAAUGAAAAUAUUAAUAAGAAUGAUGCAAAUGCAUCGAACAUUAUUUCAACAAACAAUGAAAUUUCAACAUCUCCUCAAUCAUCAUCUACACUAAAAGUAAUUCGUGGUCCAAUGAGACGUAAAUCAAUUAGUACGUUUGGACGUUCACAAAGGGCUUCUUCAAUAACCGGUGAUUAUUCUGGACAACGUCUUGAAGGUAAACAUUAUGGUUGUGUUGAAUUGCCAGAUAUGAAUUUGAUUGAAAUUCUUGAAAUACUUCUACGUACUGGUCUAGAAUUAGUUCAUGAAUCAAAUGGUUAUGAUGGAAAAAAUGUUCUUCAUCAAGAUUUUAUUUUUUCAAAACCACUUGCAAUAUCACAAAAAUUCGGACAAUCAUUUUAUUCAAGAUGA